GUGACUAUUAAUUUUGUUUAUGGUGUGUUGUCUGUGCAUGCUUGAGAAAGAGAAUCUCUUAUUAUGGUUUUCUCUCGACUAAAAUCAAGUCCAUAUACUGUCCCAGUUUUGAAAGGCUUAGCAUGGGUACCAGUAGCCAUAUUCUUUGUGGAUCAUGGCUAUAGCUAUGCAGUCAUCAGUGGUAGAUCUAUGCAGCCUACAUUUAAUCCAGACUCCAACAUGUUGAGAAAAGACAUUGUUUUACUCGACAAAUGGUCAACCACGGAUCAUAAAUUCAAACGUGGACAAGUAGUGACACUCAAAUCACCUAUUGAUGCCAAAUGCACCAUCACAAAGAGAAUCUUGGCUUUACCGGGUGACACUAUCGUUCCUCUUCGUAAGAAAGACGAGGUCGUGCAUGUUCCUGAAGGCCAUGUUUGGGUGGAAGGUGACGAAGCAUUCCAUUCAAGAGACAGUAAUUCAUUUGGCACGGUUCCUAUCGGCUUGGUCAAUGCAAAAGUAUCUUAUAUUUUGUGGCCACUAUCUCGAUUUGGCCCUGUAGAAAUCAAGCCUGUUAACACAGAAAGAGUCAAGACAAAUGUAUUCAAACCAGGUCAACACAAAUAGAUGUAUUAUUAAUUAAAAGAAAAAAAAAA